UCAAUCCUCGAGGAAAAGUAAAGAAACCUAAAAACGAAGCAUUAGCAGAUUUUAGAACAGAUAUUACCUCUACGAGACUAAUGGAGAAAAACCCUCAUGAGAAGUCCGACAAUUUUGCCAGCCAAAAUGAGACUAACAACUAUCCGGACCCUAACCUCCCUACUACCCCUUCUCCGGCACCUGAAUCCUUAGCCGACGUAUCCAAAUCCAACGCUCUUGACAACUCUGUAGAGACGACCACAACCACCAUUACCACCGACGAUGUGAAUAACAAGGACGACACAGCCACCCUAGAGAAGCCCGAAACUACCGAAGACUCUUCUUCCACUUCCGAUCUCGAUUCCAGCCUCCCCAAGAUCUCGGAAGACAUCGAUCACUUACUUGCUCUCCUUGAAUCAAAACAAAUUCCGGACCGAAUCCCAGAUUCCGUCGAGAAAUUCGCCAAGCUUGUGGAAGACCAGAUCGCAAAAUAUCAUUCGGACGACGAGUCCAUCAAGUGGCGCCAAGAUUCCGAUGAAGAUUCCUCCCUCCUCAAAUCAGUUGAUAGAAUCUCGAAACUGACAACUGCGCUCUCUCAUCUCCCUUCGGAUGAAAAUUAUAAUCUCUCCAUCAAUCGCAUCGGCAGCGUUCUACAUCGCGUAAUGUUGUACCUUGAAGACGAAUUCCGGUGGAUCCUUGAGAACGGAAGAGAAUCGGAACCGAACGACUUUAAAGGGACACAACAAUCGAUCAACUCUAACAGUGAUUGCUGUGUAUUACCUGAACCAGACUCCGCCAGGGCGGUUGAUUUCCCCGGUUACUCGCCGGAGACCAUGUCAAACCUGAACAGUAUUGCGGCAGCCAUGAUUGCAGCCGGGUACGAGACCGAGUGUUGCCAGGUUUACAGCAUCUCGAGGCGUAAUUCCAUUGAGGAGGCAUUGAAAAAUAACGGAUUCGAGAAGAUCAGCAUCGAUGAUGUGCUGAAAAUGCAAUGGGAAUCACUUGAAGGAGAGAUCAGCGCUUGGAUUAAGGCCAUCAAGCGCUGCGUCACAAUCUACUUCGCGGGGGAGCGGAAGCUCUGCGAUGCAGUAUUUGAGGAAAAUCAAGCGCUCUGUGGUUCCAUCUUCGGCAACCUCGCUCGUGGCGUCGUCAUUCAGCUUCUCAAUUUCGCCGAAGCCGUGGCAAUGACGAAGCGAUCAGCAGAAAAGUUAUUCAAGUUUCUGGACAUGUACGAAGCACUGCUUGACCUGAUCCCUGAAUUGGACACCUUGUUUCCCAGCGAGUUCUCUGAAUAUCUCCAGAAUGAGAUCUCAUCCGCUCGGUACGGCCUCGGCGAGGCUGCCGUCAGCAUCUUCUACGAUCUAGAGAACUCAAUCAAGAGCGACACCAGUAGAGCUGCCGUCCCCGGUGGUGCCGUUCAUCCAUUAACACGAUACACCAUGAAUUACCUAAAAUACGCCGGUGAGUACAAAGACACAUUAGAGCAGAUCUUCCAAGAACACCAGAAGAUUGAUCAAUCGGACGCAGGAUCGGAUAAAGAGAGCAGCAAUCCAAGCUACGGCAACCAAGCAGCAAAGCCAUCACCAUUCUCCGUGCAAUUGGUGACGGUGAUGGAUUUAUUAGAUUCCCAUCUGGAAGCUAAAUCGAAGCUCUACAAGGAUCUCUCGUUAAACUACAUUUUCUUGAUGAACAACGGAAGGUACAUAAUUCAGAAGAUCAAGGGGUCGAAGGAGAUAUACGAAUUGAUUGGGAAUUCGUGGUGUCGCAAGAGAUCAUAUAGUCUCAGGCAAUACCACAAGAACUACCAAAGAGAGACAUGGAAUAAAGUAUUGGGGUGUCUAAAGGAUGAAGGCUUGCAGGUGAAUGGGAAAGUAUCGAAGCCUGUACUGAAGGAGAGGUUCAAGACCUUCAACGCCAUGUUUGACGAGAUACACAAGACGCAGACCUCAUGGAUUGUGAGUGACGAACAGCUUCAGUCCGAGCUUAGGGUUUCAAUAUCAGCAGUGGUGAUUCCGGCGUACCGAUCAUUCUUAGGGAGGUUCAGCCAAUAUUUGGACUCCGGCAGGCAAUCGGAGAAGUACAUGAAGUACGGGCCGGAGGAUAUAGAGACAUCCAUUGAUGAACUGUUUGAAGGGAACCCGACAUCAAUGGGUAGAAGGAGAACAUGAGA